AUGGAUACACAUGGAUUAGCCAAGCAGGGUAGUACAACAGAUGGCAGUCACCACAGGGACCGCUACAUUUGUAGAGCCAGCAUAACACAGGUUCCACAAGCAUACAAGUGUAGGUCUAGCAUCAGACACUCCAGAACGUCUGACUGCCAGAGGGGUGACGGAGGAACUCACUGGGUUAGCCAUUUCUGGGGAACACUACUGCAGCAAAAAGACACACAUAUCCGGCCCAUAGGGGUGGGAGUGGUGUUGCAAGCUGACACUAAGAACAGGUCCUUCGCACUACUGGCCACUGGGGGCGAUUAUACAGGAAGAUACCGGCUCUACACAGAGGCUAUAGAAUCUAGCGAAUGUAGCAAAAUGACAAAACCAAAACAGAGACCAUGUCCCCACUGCCAGGCACUCAACAAUGCCAGCUGCAAAACAUGUAAAACAUGUUUUGCCAGUUUAACCCUCAAAAAGAGAGUUAAAAACAAAGAAAAAAAUAUUGAGGAUAGUGCUUGGAAGUCCAGCACUAAAAUACACAGAAAUGCUGCUCGUGUGGUGGAUUCUGCCCGCAUUGCUGUUAAGAAAUUGGAGGUACUUGGCUAUAAGCCAAUUCUCUUCAUUUCUAAAGAGAGAAAAAAUGGGUUCGUGGCUGAUGUCAUCACUACAAUGGGUCCAUUUGCUGAUGGACCACUUCAAACCAUCUUUGAAAAGAUGACUAACCUUUAUGAAUUUUUUGUUAAAAAAUACCAGAGGAUGCAAAACCACACCAGUACUGCUGAAAAUGUCUGCCAGAACCAGUCUUCUUCUCCUCCUCCUCCAUCUUCUUCAUUCAGCCUUCCUCCUCCUUCCUCCUCAUUUGACACCCUUCCUCCUCCUCCUCCUCCUCCUCCUCCUCCAUCUUCUUCAUUCAGCCUUCCUCCUCCUUCCUCCUCAUUUGACACCCUUCCUCCUCCUCCUCCUCCGUCUUCUUCCUCCAGCCUUCCUCCUCCUUCCUUCUCUUUCUACACCCCUCCUCCUCCAUCUUCUUCCUUCAGCCUUCCUCCUCCUUCCUCCUCAUUUGACACCUUUCCUCCUCCUCCUUCUUCACCCUCUUUCUACACCUUUCCUCCUCCAUCUUCUUCCUCCAGCCUUCCUCCUUCUUCCUCUUCUUUUGACACCCUUCCUUCUCCAUCUUCAUCCUCUAACCUUCCUCAUCUUACCUCCUCUUACAUCACCCUUCCUCCUCCUACCUCUUCUUUCCCCACUCGUCCUCCUACACCAUUUUCCCCCACCCCUACUCCUACCUCCUCUUGCAACACCCCUCCUCAUUCUUUCUACGAUUCAAAUAUUCCAUCUACAAACCCUUCACUCCACUGCCAGAGCAGUCAUGCUGCCCCAUCUAAGCCCAAUGAUGCAGACAAUUCCUCCACAAUAAUUCCAAGGACAGGAGGCAAACAAGGGAAAUGGAUGUAUAAACAAGCAGAAUGCCAAGUACAUCCCAGAUUAAAAACAUUUCCAUAUGACAAGAUCAUAAGGAGGAGGAUGUCAAAGAAAGGUGUCAGAGAGGUCAAAGUGAGAUGGAAGCCUUGUUCAGGAUGUGGGAUGAAAUGGACGGACACCUGGGAGCCCUACAAUCUUUUCUUCCCAGAAUAAAGUGCAGUGUAAUGUUUUUGUACCUG